CGCCGCUUUGAUGUGUCGCUGGUGAUCGAGAACGAGGGCUUCUCGGCUCCGCUCCACCAGGUCACCGUCUACCUGGUCCUCACCGCCGAGUCGACUGUGUGGACCAAGCUCCCGGUCGACCCGCGCUUCUGGCACCCCGAGCAGUCGCCCUUCACCCUCAAGUACUCCCUCGGCAUCGGACCCAACGUGCCCGCAGGCAACUACUCGCUGGGCUUGCUGUUCGCGGACGCGCUCAUGGCCUCGUCGCCGUCGGCCGAGCCGCUGCCCUACUAUGCCAUCCAGCUGGCCAACGAGGGCACCUGGAACGCCGACACCGGCAUCAACGACCUGGGCGUCACAGUCCAGGUGGCCACGUCCGCCCCCGACACUGGCGCCUACGCGGGCGAUCUGUGGGUUGGCGCCCGCCCGAGCUCGCUCGACAGCGCCGGCGGCACCACCCUGCCCUCCGUCGCCGGCGCCCUGCUCCUGCUCGUUCUCCUCCCUUUUCUUCUUUUCUAA